AUUAUUGGUAGUACGGCUUGGGUUCAGUAAAAACCUUCACGCUUCACACCUCCUCUACUCAUUCACUGUCAGUCUGUCACUACCAGGACAAAGACCCCUCCAAGUUCCAGCGUACAGUCUUCUUUUCCUCCACAUGCAUAGUUUCUCUAUUGUUUCUCUGUAUUUACCUCUCUAUCUAUACAUCUCUGUUUUCAUAUUAAUACGCAUCUUUACCUUGUGGGUCUCAUUGUGAUCUUUCUUUCUUGAUCUUCAAUGCGUUACCCACCUCCACAUUAAUCCCAAACACCCAUUACUCUGUUUUUCACUACUGCAUUUAUCAAAUUUACCUGAAUUAAUAUCAGAUCCCUAGUCCAAGUUACUCAAGAAACCCUAGUAGACAAUUUGGGCAUUGUUGAAAAUUGAUAAUCUUUAGAAGAGAACUAAAGGGUUAUCAAGAUUUGAAACAAGUUCCAUAAAGAUGCCUGCUUUAAAACUUGAGGUAGCUAAACAGCAUUAUGCAACAAGUAGUUUGGUAAUUGGGUAUGCCCUCUGUUCGAGUUUGCUUUCGGUGAUUAACAAGUUUGCUAUUACUAAGUUUAACUACCCGGGCCUUUUGACUGCGUUGCAGUACCUGACUUCAGCUUUAGGGGUUUGGGUUUUAGGCAAAUUUGGGUUGUUGCAUCAUGAUCCGUUUGUGCUCCAGACUGCGAAGAAGUUUCUGCCUGCUGCAAUUGUGUUUUAUCUGGCUAUUUUCUCGAAUACGAAUUUGCUUCGUCAUGCCAAUGUGGAUACUUUUAUUGUGUUUAGAUCAUUAACUCCUUUUCUGGUUGCAGUUGCUGAUACUGCGUUCAGAAGGCAACCGUGUCCUUCGAAGCUUACAUUUGUCGCGUUGCUGACUAUUUUGGGUGGUGCUGUUGGGUAUGUUGUCACGGAUUAUGGUUUUAGCCUUAGGGCGUAUUCAUGGGCAUUGGUUUAUAUGGUUACGAUUACGACUGAGAUGGUUUACAUCAAACACAUGGUGACGAAUUUUGGAUUGAAUACUUGGGGUUUUGUGUAUUACAAUAACUUGUUGUCGUUGAUGAUGGCUCCUUUGUUUUGGAUUGUUACAGGAGAGUAUGCGGAUGUCUUUACUGCAGUUGGAUCGAAUUCUGGGAAUUUGUUUGAUCCUGUUGCAUUUUCGGCAGUAUCAUUGUCUUGUGUUUUUGGGUUGCUUAUCAGUUUCUUUGGGUUUGCUGCUAGGAAGGCAAUCUCAGCAACAGCAUUUACAGUGACUGGUGUCGUUAAUAAAUUCCUCACGGUUGCAAUCAAUGUGACGAUUUGGGAUAAGCAUGCUACUCCAGUUGGUUUGCUUUGCCUCCUAGUGACACUUGUAGGAGGUGUUAUGUACCAGCAGUCAGUUACUGGAGUUAGUAAUGUUCAGUCUCAGCCUAAGCAGGUGGAGGGUAAAACUAGUGGUGAAGACGAGGAUAAGUAAAGGAAAUAUAUGGUAAAGUUUCUGGUAAAUGAGCACUUUUCACUUCUUUUAGCCGUCAAGGAACAUACUGUUAAAAUGCCCACUUACUGUGUGAUGGCCAUGUAUCUUAUAUUCAAUUAUCUUUUGUAAUUCUGUUUGAAAUCUAAAAUUUGCACUUACUUCUAGGUUGCUUGCUUCACACUUGAUGGAGUAGAUAGAUUCGUUGUCUAUUUAGAGCUAAGAUUUGUGUAGCGCCAAGAAUCUUAAUAUUGGUUAAAAAUGAGGUUGAAUUCUUA